ACUUGUAUAAUAAAGCUGAAGGAGAAUUUGGAACUCCAAUAGCAAAACGAACAAGAAUGUUGCGAACUCCGGGUAAAAUUUUUUUCUUGUAACCGUUCUUGUAAAAUUAUACUAGCAUUCAUAUUUUAAAAUUAUAUACAUUCUUGUAAUUUUUUUUAAUGUUAUUACUUAUUAGUCUCAUGGUGGGAACGUUUUGGAAGUAAGACACCCGAGCUUACUACAUUUGCAAUUCGAGUGCUUGGUCUCACUUGUAGUGCUUCGGGAUGUGAAAGAAAUUGGAGCACUUUUGAAUCGAUUCAUACAAAAAAGAGAAAUAGGCUUGAACAUGCAAAGUUGAAUGCGUUGGUGUUACUUCAAGCUUAGGGAGAGAAGUAUUAGGAGGAGAGACAAGAUUGAUCCCAUUGUAGUUGAUGAAAUUAAUUCAGAUGAUGAAUGGAUAACUGAGAAAGAAGAUCCAGUUCUCCCCGUAACUACUAAAUGGCUUGAAGAUGAUGAAUUAUUUGAAAGUGAUCCUAUUGUGAGUAUGCCAUCUGCUACCUUUGAAAGUCUUUUCGACUCAGAUAAGCGAGUCGAAGAUGUUGAGGAUAUAGUUGAAGUUCCUCCUAUGAAUUCAAAAAAAAGAGUUGCUGAAAAUUCAAGUGGAAGCAAAGACAAACAAGCAAGGUUGAGUCUUGUUGAUGUGGAAGAUAAUCAUCUUGAUGCUGAAAAUUAUGGAGUAAUUCCAACUUUUGAUAGUGGAAAUUUUCCAACCAUAGACACUAUUGAUGAUGAUAGUGAUAUAGAGUUGGAUGAUACUGAUUAUUUUUAAGUUAUGUUGUUUUAAUUAU